CUGUGGCUGCUCCCGGAGGUGCAGAAAGGAAGGGGUUAAAUGGAAUCUGAAGGUACCGGUUGGUGGGUCACCUUGAUUCUCAGGCUGGGUUCCUUCCCUUCUGCCAGAGGGAAGUGGCUAAGGAGUGAGACUGGGAAAUGUGAAUGGGGGAGGGUGGGGACCUGGCAGGCCCCACCUCCAGGACCACAGGAGCCGCCCCAGCUCGGAGGCUCGCACUGCCCUGAUGGCUCCCGACCCCAGCAGACGCCUCUGGCUGCUGCUCCUGCUGCCGCUGCUGCUCUCCUGCUGCCUUGAGCCUGCCAGGGCUGACGGGAAUUCCCUGAAUCCCCUGAAUCCCUUGAAUCCUCUGGUGUGGCUGUGGCCCACCAAGACCGAUGAUCCAGUCUCCAAAGAUCCGGCUCCCGAGCCCCAGAUCCGUUCACCUGUGCAGCUCACGGAGAACCCUGCCACGCACGUGGUCCCCCAGGAUGGCCUCACAGAACAGCAGACGAUGCCUCCCAACCCCAAGCUGCCCCUGGAGGAUCAGCAAGCUGGCCAGAGUGGGACCCCUACAACCCAGAUGAUCCCCAUUCCCCCGACGGCCUCUGCGGCGAGCCCAGACAUGAAGGAGGAGAAUGUUGCCGGCGUUGGCGCCAAGAUUCUGAAUGUGGCUCAGGGCAUUCGGAGCUUCGUCCAGCUGUGGGAUGAGGACAUGCCUGCUGAGAACUCUGCAUCCUUCCUCACCCCUACUGAGCUCUCCAGCGCCCCCCAGGAGGGUGAGACCACCCUCUGGCUAAGCAGUGGCGUUCCAAGUUCUCCAGAUGUUCAGACAGCUGAGGCUGAUACCCUGGCUGUGUCCACCCAGCCACCUCCCUCCCUGAGCAGCCUCCAGGCACCACUGAGAAGACCCUCAGUGCCACCAGCACCCCCAGAGAAUGUUGCUGAGGAGGUGGGGCUGCUGCAGCUCCUUGGGGACCCUUUGCCCCAUCAGAUCUCACAAGUCGACGACCCUCAUGUCGGGCCAGCCUACGUCUUUGGACCGGACUCCAGUAGUGGCCAAGUGGCCCAGUACCACUUCCCUAGACUCUUUUUCCGUGACUUUUCAUUCCUGUUUAGUAUUCAGCCAGCCACAAAGGCUGCAGGGGUGCUGUUUGCCAUCACAGACGCUGCACAGACGGUGGUCUCACUGGGUGUGAAGCUUUCAGGGGUGCAAGAUGGACACCAGAACAUCUCACUGCUCUACACAGAGCCCGGGGCCAGCCAGACCCAGACGGGUGCCAGCUUCCGCCUACCUGCAUUUGUUGGCCAGUGGACACACUUCGCGCUCAGCGUGGAUGGAGGCUCUGUGGCUCUCUACAUAGACUGUGAAGAGUUCCAGAGGGUACCACUUGCUCGGUCCCCACAGGGUCUGGAGCUGGAGCAUGGCUCUGGCCUCUUUGUGGGUCAGGCUGGAGCAGCUGAUCCUGAUAAAUUCCAGCAGAGCUGGGUGAAGAACAGUGAGCGUGAGAUAGCUGAGGGUACUGCCUUCCCCGGUGGUGCUGAUGGAGGGCACGGCCACCCUGACAACCCCUGCACCCCAAUCCCUGGUGUCUUUGACCCCAGGAGAGACCCUGCUAAGCACGGCUUUCCUGAUGUUCUCAUUCAGCGGGGUUCUGCUCAGAAUAUGAGCUGCCUGGAGAGAAGGCAGCUGUGGGUACAGCCCAGGCUUCCUGACUCACGAAUCCAGCAGCAAAUCCUGGUCCUGGUGGCCCAGGAGGUCCUGGGGGUCCUGGGGGCCCAGUUGGCCCAGGGGGUCCAGCCAUGCCAGUCUUUCCAGGUACACCGACAGGCCCAAGCUGAGGAUGCAGGCUGUGUCCGCGGCCUCACCCUAUGGAACGCACUCUCCACAGACCCCAAGCAUGCAGUGUCCACCGCCUGCUGGCUACAGGUGUGUGCUGAGUUACAUCCAACUAUAGAAGCAGACUUACAACACUGCCUUUCUGGCCAGCCACUCCUGGUGCGCCCUCUUUGCCGGGAGGACCUGGAGGUCCCUGGGAGACAGAAGAACAAAGAGAUGGGCUGGACAGGAUCCAUGGGACAGGUUGUACAUUGGGGUUCUGUAUCACUGGACCUGCCGGACCCUGGGGCCCAGCUGGGCCAGGAUGAUAUGGAAGGCUCUGGGAUACCCUUCUGGUCAACAGCCCGAAGCUCUGAUGGGCUACAGGGACCUCCAGGGUUGCCAGGACUCAAGGGAGAUCCUGGAGUGACAGGGCUGCCUGGAACCAAGGGAGAAGUCGGGGCAGAUGGAGCCCAGGGCAUCCCUGGCCUCCCAGGAAGAGAAGGUGCAGCUGGGCCCCCGGGGCCAAAAGGAGAGAAAGGGAACCAGGGAGAAAAGGGAAACCCAGGAAAAGAUGGAGUGGGGCUGCCAGGCCUCCCUGGGCCCCCAGGACCUCCAGGGCCUGUGGUCUAUGUGUCAAAUGAGGAUAGAGCAGUCGUGAGCACAUCAGGACCUGAGGGCAAGCCAGGGUAUGCAGGCUUUCCUGGACCUGCUGGACCAAAGGGUGACCUGGGUUCCAAAGGCGAGCAAGGUCUUCCAGGGCCCAAGGGUGAGAAGGGAGAGCCAGGUGCUAUCUUUGGUCCUGAUGGCAGAGCCUUGGGCCACGCCCAGAAAGGAGCCAAGGGAGAACAAGGCUUUCGAGGACCGCCGGGUCCUUAUGGGCGACCCGGGCACAAGGGUGAAAUUGGCUUCCCUGGACGGCCGGGUCGUCCUGGAACAAAUGGAUUAAAGGGAGAGAAAGGGGAGCCUGGAGAUGCCAGCCUUGGGUUCAGCAUGAGGGGAAUGCCUGGCCCCCCUGGACCUCCAGGCCCCCCAGGUCCUCCUGGGAUGCCCGUUUAUGACAGCAAUGCGUUUGUAGAGUCUGGCCGACCUGGACUACCAGGACAGCAAGGUGUGCAGGGGCCUUCAGGACCGAAGGGUGACAAAGGAGAGGUGGGCCCACCUGGGCCUCCAGGGCAGUUCCCCAUCGACUUCUUCAAUUUGGGAGCUGAAAUGAAGGGUGACAAAGGAGACCGAGGGGACGCUGGACAGAAAGGAGAGAGGGGAGAACCUGGGGCUGCUGGUGGUGGAUUCUUCAGCUCAGGUGUGCCUGGACCACCCGGCCCCCCUGGAUACCCUGGGAUUCCGGGUCCAAAGGGAGAGAGCAUCCAGGGCCCACCUGGUCCUCCUGGCCCUCAGGGACCUCCUGGCAUUGGCUAUGAGGGACGUCAGGGCCCCCCAGGACCUCCAGGGCCUCCAGGACCUCCCUCGUUCCCUGGCCCUCAUAGGCAGACUGUCAGUGUUCCUGGUCCUCCGGGCCCCCCUGGUCCUCCAGGUCCCCCAGGAGCCAUGGGUGCCUCUGCUGGGCAGGUGAGGAUCUGGGCCACAUACCAGACCAUGCUGGACAAGGCGCGUGAGGUGCCCGAGGGCUGGCUCAUCUUUGUGGCCGAGAGGGAAGAGCUCUACGUACGUGUUAGAAAUGGCUUCCGGAAGGUGCAGCUGGAGGCCCAGACAAUACACCCACAUGGGACGGGCAAUGAGGUAGGGGCUCUGCAGCCCCCUCUGGUUCAGCUUCACGAGGGCAGCCCAUAUACCCGGCGGGAGCACCCCUACUCCACAGCUCGGCCCUGGCGGGCCGAUGAUAUCCUGGUCAACCCACCACGUCUGCCAGACCCACAGCCUUACCCUGGAGUUCCACACCACCAUAACUCCUAUGCACACCUGCCGCCAGCCCGCCCGACACGCUCACCUGCCCACACUCACCAGGAAUUCCAGCCAGUGCUCCACCUGGUGGCACUGAACAGCCCGCUGUCAGGUGGCAUGCGUGGCAUCCGUGGGGCCGACUUCCAGUGCUUCCAGCAGGCCCGAGCCGUGGGGCUGACUGGCACCUUCCGGGCCUUCCUAUCCUCCAGGCUGCAGGACCUCUACAGUAUUGUGCGCCGUGCUGACCGUGGGUCUGUGCCCAUUGUCAACCUGAAGGACGAGGUGCUAUCUCCCAGCUGGGAUGCCCUAUUUUCUGGCUCCCAGGGUCAACUGCAGCCUGGGGCCCGCAUCUUUUCUUUCGACGGCCGAGACAUCCUGAGACACCCAGCCUGGCCUCAGAAGAGUGUAUGGCAUGGCUCAGACCCCAGCGGGCGCAGGCUGAUGGAGAGCUACUGUGAGACAUGGCGGACAGAGGCUAGCGGGGCUACAGGUCAGGCCUCCUCACUGCUGUCAGGCAGGCUGCUGGAACAGAAAGCUGCCAGCUGCCACAACACCUACAUCGUCCUGUGCAUUGAGAAUAGUUUCAUGACCUCCUUCUCCAAGUAGGCCGGGCCUCUGCCAGCUAGGAUGGUGGACAGAGGUGGCACAAAGGAUGGACACAGUGCAGGGAGCAUCUGGCCAGCGCCUGGGGCCUGGCUGGGCUACGAUCCUGUAUAGUUCACAUUUUAUGUAAUCCUCAAGAAAUAAAAGGAAGCCAAAGAGUAUAUUUUUUUAAACAUUUAAAAAUAGACUUCCUGCCCUUCCUCUCCCACUUGAACUGGCCAGUCUGGGUCACAGAUCUCCCUCCAUGCUUGGUGGAGCUCUAUGACGACGUCAGGCCAUAGCUGGGUGUCAGCAGGUUGCUGUCUGAGACCUGCAGACUUUCUCUAGCCUGGCAUCUUCCUGUGCACAGACCCUUCAAAAGGCAUGUGAGUGCUGGGGACAGACCCUGGGACAACACAGGGCAGCUGGGACUCACCUCUCACCACCCAGUUACUGCCCGUAGCCCAGGCAGGCACCUGCUCACCCAGGUGGUAACUGGGACCAUCCAUGCUGAGCAGCAGGAACCACCUCCUGCCUCCCCUACUCUCCAGGAACAACACUCCCUGCCAGAGCAGGUUUCCAAGCCCAGUACUCACUGUGACCCCCAGAUCUGAACCCUGUCCCAUCACUGUGCAUAGAGGCCGGGAGUGAUCAGACGUAGCCCACACGCUCAUUUUGCUGGGGGCCAGACGUGACAUGGGGCCCACCCUCUAAGCUUGUCUCUUAGACUGGCUUCCCUGGUGACCCAUGAGAUCCUGUCCAGAGCAGGACCCAAGCCCAACCAAGCACGGGAGCCAGGGUCUGACAGUGCCCUGCCCUUCCUUGUCCACCAGCCUGAAGUCCACGAAUCUCGCAGCAGCUGCACAAAGCACUUGUCCUAUGGAGGGACGUGUGUGUUCUGGGCCACAAGUGGCCCAUCAUAGCCACUGUGCCUGCCUCAGGCUCUGUUGUCCAAGGAUUGGGACAAAUCCAGUGGGGCUAGUUCUGUGACUCUGUGUGAUAUGAAGCCAUUUCAAAGAGGCACCAAAUAAAAAUGACCUUUUAUACA